AUGCGGAAGGAAAAAUUGUUGAGGCUCAAAGAAAUUGAGGAGAGGAGUGAAGCCGAGCGACGGAGGGCAGCGACCGAGGAGAAGAGGGCGGCGGCCGAAGAGAGGUUGGCGGUGGCCGAGGAGAGAAAAGUUGAGCUUGAGGAGAGAAAUGCGGCGGUGGAGGAGAUAAAGAUAGUCGAGGAGAAGGCACUCAAGUAUAUUUUCAUGGACACAUCCACUCUUGAUGCCAAGGCAAAGGCAUAUGGUGAACUUUGUUGCAAUGAAAUACUCAUGAAGAAGCAAAUGAUGGGUGGUGCCAUGAAUGGUGCAUUUGGUGGAAACAUGGGAGGUGGCUUUGGUGGCAACAUGGAUGGUGGCUUCGGAGGAAUGAGAGAUGGAAUGGGAAGUGGCUUCGGUGGCAACAUGAUCGGCAUGGGGAGGUGGCUUCAGCGGGAACAUGAUGAGGUGGGAGGUGGCUUCGGAGGCAACAUGAUGAAUGGCAUGGGAGGUGGCUACAGUGGCAACAUGAUGAGUGACGUGGGAGGUGGCUUCGGUGGCAACAUGACCGGCAUAGGAGAUGUCAAUGAAGGUGCUUCCGGCAGAGUUUGCGGCAACGAGACUUCAACGCAAGAAAAUGUCGAGAAAGAAGCCGUUGAUGAUGAUGAGACCACCAUCGACAAUGGCACUAGUGACAAUGGAGAGGAUGCAAAUUGA